AUGCCAUUCUUGACACGGUUAAUGCUGCUGGUGUUAGGGCUAUCAUUUCCAAGGGCUGAUCAAAACUGGGCGGAGGACAUACCGAAAACGUAUAUUCCAUUGGAGAUUGCCCUCAUGAGUGGCUGUUCCAACACGUGGCGGCGGUGGCCUACAAGCAGCCCUACCCGAAACCGCUCCCUACAGACCACACAAGAGGAAGCCGAUGAUACAAUAAGUAUGCAUUACCCAACUAAUGCAUCGUCGGCCUCUGGUAAUAAUGGUUCUAGAAUUGCAGGGAGGAUGGCCGAAGCUUCAAACAAGAGCCUUGCCAAAUUUGUGCCGAGUGCGCUUAAAGGCAUGACUGUCGACAUUCCGCUCGCCAUCACAGAAGGAAUGUGCAAUGUCCCUCGUUCAUAUGGCGAAAUGCCACAACACCAAGGUUCCGUUACUGGCAUCAAGAGCGGAUUUGCUCUUAGGGGCACAGGUUUCGCAUUGGGGAUGUCAGGAGCAGUGAGCGAAUUGGUCGUGAAACCAUAUGAAGGCGUGCGAAAGGAUGGUGCGAAGGGCGUUGUGACAGGCAUUGGCAGGGGCAUAGCAAAUAUGACUUCUAAAGCGGCUCGUGCCCUGUUUGGUGUUGUGGUCUAUCCUGGCGUCGAUAUUGCGAAAUGCCUGAGAUCGUCCAUCUACUCUAGGACAAGAAAGAGGAUUGUCAAGGAACGUCGCGCUAAAGUAACAUGGUUGUUGGAGAACGGUAGACUUAAUAGCAGCAUUGCCAGCUUCCAGAGGUUGCUCAAGGGUAAAAACACCUGA